AUGGUCGGCUCGGCGGCAGGCGCUGGCCGAGGGGGCCAGCAAGGCAACCUGAUCUCAGAGUUCAUGCCAAAUGUCCGGACGAAAACCAAGAAGGCCCAUGGCUCAUCGAAUGCUCACGCAACGACCACCGCCUCGUCGUCAUCAAUAGCCGACCUGAGCUCAGCCAUAUCUCAACUCGAAAUGACCACGAAUCCAUCCAUACCCAGUAAGCCUCGUGUUUGCACAUGUAAUGCUUCCAUACAUCCACUCUUCGACAUGGCGCCGAACUGUCUCUCAUGUGGCAAGAUCAUUUGUGCUUUCGAAGGACUCCAACCAUGCUCGUUCUGUGGAACCAAGCUUGUAUCCGAUAGCGAAACGCAACAGAUCCUCACAUCAUUACGACAGGAACGAGGGACGGAACGCCAGACAGCACACAAUAGCAGUAUAGCCGCUUCACGCUCAGGCACUCCAUCACUAUCCAACACGCCAUCCAGAGGUCCCACGCCAGUCUCUUCAAGCGAUUCUCUCCGCCAAAAUGCGGCUUUAGAGGAAGCAAAGGCUCGCCGGGACCGACUACUCACAUUUCAGUCGGAGAAUGCUCAACGUACAAAAGUUCACGAUGAAGCAGCCGAUUUCAGCACUAUCACACCUGGUCAAGCGCAGUGGAUGACACCUGUACAGCGGGCUGCAGCCUUGAAACAGCAGCAGAAGUACCUACGGGACCUCGAGGAGGCCUCUAAGCCGGAGUAUGAGAAGACGCGGUCAGUCAUGAGUUUGGGCUUCAACAAGCAGGGAAAGCUGGUCAAGACGUUUGAGAAGCAGCGGAUUGCGCGGCCAGAUCCAGAAGAAGCGGAAGCAGAAAUCGACGCAGAGCCCGCCUCAUCGGGUCAGAACACCCCGAGUGCGAAUCCGUUCGCGCGUGAAGGACUAAUUCGGCCCAUAUGGAAGCCCAGCGCUGAAGCGGGCUCUGGUAGUACUACAGCCGCGAGAAAGAACACUUGGAGGCGGGUGCAGGACGAUGAGGCUUAG